AGAGAGAGAGAGAGAGAGAGAGUAGACAUUAUCUGUGGGUUUUGAAGCUCCCAUAGCGCAGUGCAGUGUGGUUGUCCUUCUCUACCGAAUCAUAUACAGAUACAGUUACCUCCCUCAGCAAGCAUUAAAUGCGGGCGUCUCUUUCUUCAUCCCCAUUCCCUCUUAUUACUAUGCACAUAUAUCUCCCUUCUUCGUCUUCUUCUUCGUCUUCUUCUACUACUUCUCAGAUUUGGUUCGGCUUUGAUUCAAGAAAUGGUGUAAUUUCUGAAACUUUGUAACUGAUUUGGAGAUCACGAAUAGCUUAGUUACGAGUAUAUACCGGUUCCAUAUCAGGAAGAGGAAUGGGAAAAAUCUUUUUUUUCUUUUGAGAGUGGUUGAAUAGUUCUUGCGAAGUUGUGCGUUUUUUGUUUGGGGACGAUUGGACGGAGCUUGGUUAGGGUUUUUCUUGGUUGUUGGUGGUGAAAGAAUGGACGCGAGGAUGAAGAAGUACCGGCAAGUGAGUCCGGAGAGAGCGAAAGUGUGGACGGAGAAGUCUCCAAAGUACCAUCAGAAUCGGAAAGUCCCUGUGGUUUACUACCUCUGCAGAAAUCGUCAGCUUGAGCAUCCUCAUUUCAUGGAGGUUCCUAUUUCGUCUCCGGACGGGCUUUAUCUUAGAGAUAUGAUUGAGAGGCUUAAUGUUUUGAGAGGCAGAGGAAUGUCUAACAUGUAUUCAUGGUCUUCGAAAAGAAGCUAUAAGAAUGGAUUUGUUUGGCAUGAUCUCAGUGAAGACGAUCUAAUUCACCCUGCCCAUGGCAACGAGUACGUUCUCAAAGGCUCAGAGCUCUUUGAAGAUUCUAAUUCAGAUCGGUUCAGCCCCGUUGUGAAUGUGAAAAUGCAGAGCUUAAAUUUGAAACAAUUACCAGGACCUACAUCUUGUAGAAGCCAAGACGAUUCUUCAUCUUCAUCCAGUCUAAAUGGGAAGGAAACCAAGCAUUCUCAAGAGGAGGAACUCUCCCCUCCAGUUAAAAGUCCUGGCUCUUCAGCUGUUUCUCCAGAGUCAAGAGCUGGGAAGAUUUCUUCCACAUGGUCGAAUUCACUGAGCUUGACUGAGUACAAAAUUUACAAGACUGAUGGUUCAGCCGAUGCUUCAACACAGACAGAGGAAAAUGUGGGUAGAUCAAAAGUGCGUGAAACUUGUACUAGAGGUGUUUCAACUGAUGAUGGCUCAUUAGAGCCUGACUGUAGUGAGAGUUAUCAAAAUCAGAUUCUGAGGGGAAAAGAUAACAUGGAAAUUUGCAGUGAUUCAGUUUCACCUCCUCCAUCCACCUCUAGUGCCUCAUCCUCUGGUGGGAAGACUGAAACCUUAGAAUCUUUGAUUAGAGCUGAUGCUAGUAAGAUGAAUAGUUUCAGAAUUCUUGAAGAGGAAGACAUUCGGAUGCCAAACAAUGCAAGGAUCAAGGCUUCAAGUGUUUUGAUGCAACUCAUAUCGUGUGGCUCAAUUUCAGUUAAAGAUCAUGGUCUUGGCCUCAUUCCUUCGUACAAACCAAGGUUUUCUCAUUCAAAGUUCUCUCCCUUUUUCUCUAGUUCGAUUAUGAUGGGGGAGCUUGAUUGCCUGUCAGAGAAUCCAAAGUUUAUGGGUUUAAGAAUGGAAGAUAAAGAAUAUUUCAGUGGGAGCUUGAUAGAGACGAAAUUGCUCAAAGAAGAUGGUCAUACAACUCUGAAGCGUUCAUCGUCAUAUAAUGCGGACAGGACAUGUAAGCAAUUAGAAUCAAAUGAGGAUAAUGAAGAGUCUACCUCAGGGCGUUCAAAAUGCAUCCCAAGAUCGAUCAAGGCUUCACUAACAAAGCAACCACGAUGUGAAUCUAUGAGAUCCCCAGCUUCCGAUAGACCAAGAAACUCUUCUGAUGGUAUUGAUGGCUCGAAGAUCAUUUCUCCAAGCGCAUCCAAUGGUGCUAGUAAAAGAAUUACAGAACCUUCAGCCAAAAGGGAGUCGAAAAGACUAGAUUCUUUUAGGGAGGAGGAGAAGAUGAUUAAGAUUGAAGAAAGGCUUGCUUCAGGAGCUAGGGUUAUAAUCCAGUCCAAAGCGCCGUGCCAUACGACCACAGUUGGCAGCACGUAGAGAAUCUCUCCAAACAUAUGAUCAAGUAAUGGAUUCACACCAUUUUAGGCACUUUGUUUAUUCUGUACAAUUAGGUUUCAGUCUUUGUUUGAAUUUCAAAUGAGGCAAAUUUUUUUGGGUGCGGCGCAUUACGUGUAAUGAUCUUUUUGUAAAUUUUGCUAGUGAAAUGAAUAGAGAAAAUCUUUGCUUGCAAAGGUGGGGAUUACAGGUAGUUUAAUGCCUGGACACUGUGGUCCUGGUGGACCAACUCCUGAGUGUUGAGAAUAGGGGUUGGAUUUUUGGGUUUAGUUUUUCAAUAGGGAUUGUACUUUUCUGUAGCUAACGUUAAAAGAUGUUAUCUUUUUACUCA